GGCGCUAAGCGAACAGCUAAAGAGUUGCCACGGUGGAGUUAUUACAGUAAUUUUGCAGCAUUACACGAUAUUUAUCAAGCAAAAGCUCGGUAUUUACGGCGGGGUGAGGCUGGCAAUAUAACAUUAAGCCAACGUCAGCUGAAGAGGGAGUCCUCCUGAAUGACUGGUUAGCUAGCUAAAGAGGAGGUGGGGACAAAAACUUCCAAGACCUCGCCCAGCCAUUGCUUCACUACCGCAGGCAGCUGCUCUACUCUCUGACAGGGUGAGAGGAUCCACACCAACACCUCAAGCUUCGUAUCCACAAGGGGGAAACUGACACAGCCGGUGUCAAUUUAAAGGGGCGAAAAUCAUGUUCAGGAAAAACAUGAAGAAGGACCCGGAGCUGUUUCAAAACGUGUCGGAGGGUCUGCGGCGGCUGUACCGGACCAAGCUGUUCCCGCUGGAGGACACGUAUCGCUUCCACGACUUCCACUCCCCUGCGCUGGAAGAUGCCGACUUCGACAAUAAGCCCAUGGUCCUGCUGGUGGGUCAGUACUCCACCGGGAAAACCACCUUUAUCCGGCACCUCAUGGAGCAGGACUUCCCCGGUAUGCGGAUUGGCCCCGAGCCGACCACAGACUCUUUCAUCGCGGUGAUGCACGGGGAGCAAGACGGGGUAAUACCGGGCAACGCGCUGGUGGUCGACCCCAAGAAGCCCUUCCGCAAACUCAACGCUUUUGGCAACGCCUUCCUCAACAGGUUCAUGUGUGCCCAGAUGCCAAACCCGGUCCUGGAGAGCAUCAGUAUCAUCGAUACUCCAGGAAUCCUGUCGGGGGAGAAACAGAGGAUAAGCAGAGGUUACGACUUUGCCGCAGUGCUGGAGUGGUUUGCCGAGCGCGUGGACCGCAUCAUCCUCCUGUUCGACGCACACAAGCUGGACAUCUCAGACGAGUUCUCCGAGGUGAUCCGCGCCCUCAAGAACCACGAGGACAAAAUGCGCGUGGUGCUGAACAAGGCUGACCAGAUCAGCACUCAGCAGCUGAUGAGGGUGUACGGAGCGCUGAUGUGGUCCCUGGGCAAAAUCAUCAACACACCCGAGGUGGUGCGCGUGUACAUCGGGUCAUUCUGGGCCCAGCCCCUGUUGGUCCCAGAUAACAGGAAGCUGUUUGAGGCGGAGGAGCAGGAUCUGUUCGUAGACAUCCAGUCGUUGCCUCGCAACGCAGCUCUGCGCAAACUCAAUGACCUCAUCAAACGAGCACGCCUUGCCAAGGUGCAGGCCUACAUUAUCAGCUCUCUGAAAAAGGAGAUGCCGAGCGUGUUUGGAAAGGACUCCAAGAAGAAGGAGCUGAUAGCCAACCUGGGAGAGAUCUACCAAAAGAUCGAGAAGGAGCACCAGAUCUCACCUGGAGACUUCCCUAACCUUGCCAAGAUGCAGGAGCAGCUGAACGGUCAGGACUUCGCCAAGUUCGCCGCGCUGAAGCCCAAACUGCUGGAGGCAGUGGAAGACAUGCUCGCUAACGACAUCGCCCGCCUCAUGGCCAUGGUGCGCCAGGAGGAGGCCGCCAUGCCCAGCCAAACCGUCAAGGGUGGAGCCUUCGAGGGAACCAUGAGCGGGCCUUUCGGCCACGGCUACGGCGAGGGAGCCAGCGAAGGCAUCGACGAGAUAGAGUGGGUGGUGGGCCGCGACAAGCCUUCAUACGAUGAGAUCUUCUACACGCUCUCUCCCAUCAACGGCAAAGUGUCCGGCGCUGCGGCCAAAAAGGAGAUGCUGAAGUCCAAGCUGCCCAACACGGUCUUGGGAAAGAUCUGGAAGCUGGCCGACGUGGAUAAAGACGGCCUCCUCGACGACGACGAGUUCGCCCUGGCCAACCACCUGAUCAAGGUGAAGCUGGAGGGCCAUGAGCUCCCACCCACGCUGCCCGAACACCUGGUGCCCCCGUCCAAGCGCGGGACAGUGAUCCAAGAGUAGAGGUGUGGAGAGGAGGAGGAGGAGAAAGAGCAGCCUGGAAGCCAGCCAUGUCAACGCUUUGCUACGUGUUUCGGACUCUGCCGACAAAAGUCCAACAAGCAUGAACAACAUCGUCCUCCAACUACAUGCUGUGAUCCUGUAGGCUUCCCGACCCACCGUGAGGAGGAAUCGCUUUCACCAGAAAUAGACUGGAGGGGGGGGG